AUGCAGCCAGGUCGUGCACAAGCGCCUUCCGAACCAGGCCAAUCAGAUCCACCGGAGUCCGUUCAUGCUGAGUCAGAUUCAUCUCUUGCGGAAUUACUGUCCUCUCAUGCCACCGAAGCCGAGGAGGUCCCAUCGGAAGGUGACACCUCUGAAGGCCCUCUAUCUGAAGCCGAAGGUAUGACGCUCCGCGAGUUUGUACUGGCUGUUAGCCCAUCGGCGUCUACCAUCAUCAACCAUCACCUGCCACCUGGCCGAAGGCUUAUUGUCCAUAGAGCCCUCAACGCGAUCAGCUUCAUGCACACUCAGAACCUCACUGUCUACGAGUUCGUGCUCAGUCUACUAGAUCGGUGCAACCUCGAACUAUUGCCUCAUCAACGUUUGUUCCGAGGUUCAGGCAACUACUCUCGCAACGUUAUUCGUGGAGUGUUUAUUGGCCUGCGUAAUCUCAUUUAUGCCGCCGGAAACCAAGAGAGUAUCUGGCGUGACCUCAUUCAAGCUGAGGCUGACGAUCUCUCCAUUUAUGUGUGGACAGGCUGA